AUGAAGACAAGAAAGGAAUCAACGAAGUUGCUCACUGACUGGGUCAUUUCCAGAAUUGAUCACAGCAUUCAAGAUCCGAACGUCGGCUUUGUCGAAACACUCUACCACACAUGCUCAACCGCCCUCAGCCAUCUAUGGAAGUGUCAAUUUCGAUUUAUACCGUAUGGCCCGCGCAAGAACACCUUGAAGAAGGAUGUAGCGAAUCUUCGGCUAUGGAGAGAAAACUUCCCUUCCGGUUGUCUCGAUACCAUUCUGGAACAAUCAGGGCCCCUGAAAACGAACGUGGUCGAAAAUAUGGAGCGGAUUGGCACCAUUUUGAUGCCUUAUUUUGCAACUUGCGACGGAAUGACAACCAGUGCAGAGAGCGAGAGCAACUCUACACAGGAUCUUAUACAGGAACUUGGUGCCCAAUUAGAGAAGGCAGCAAUAAUGCUUUCGGCAGAAGACAGGUCUAGCUCAUCUUCGGAUGACGAUGCAUCCGACGAUUCAUUCUCAACCAGCGAAAGCGAGCAGAAUCGCUAUGGACGCCUCCACUGCUAUGUCAACUGCUUGAUGGAUGUCGCACCAGUGAUUGAGAGACAUCUGUCAUAUUUGCAGCAUAGAGUGGAACCACCCUCUACUCAUAUCGAGAAUGUGUUUAGUUUAUCUCAGAGUGCGCAGCCAUUUGCUAUGCGCAUCAGAGACCGAUUUACUAAUGCACCAACUUUUCUGGUGGAGUCUAUACGCAUCAGAACGCACGAAGAAGCUCCUUCUGAAGAGGACCACCCCGCGAAUCUUGACACUCAGACCUUGUUCAAGCCCUACUCCCUGUUCCAUGACUCUGGUCUGGGAAUAUUUGUUCCUACAAGGUCGCAGUAUGCGGCCUCUCAUACAUCUUUUCUCUCAAUUACCGGGGAAGAGGCUCACGGUCGCCCUCGGGUUCCUCCUCUACCACGGGAGGGCGGACUCCAUUUUCAAUGCGACUAUUGUCGAAAGACUAUCUCUAUACGAAACCGAAUUGAGUGGAAGAUGCAUGUUUUCAAAGACCUACAGUCGUAUCUCUGCACACAUGCCGAAUGCAAAGACGCACUAAAGACAUUCCGAAGCCGUAAGCUAUGGGCGGACCAUGAACUCAAUGAACACUUUACUCAAGCGCAGUGGCGCUGUUUCACGUGCAAUAUCACCACCGUCAGCCAACAGCUGCUGGUCGACCAUUGGAUUAGAAGCCACAACAUCACACUGGCUGGGCACCGUUUGAGAGCAGCAAUCUCCGAAUCUAAAGAGCCUGUCUUAAAGCCAGACUUCAAGGAUCAUGAAUGUGCAUUAUACUCGCAGGCUGGUUGGCAAACGAUGAAAUCGUACGCAACUCACGUAGGACAACACCUGGAGGAAAUAUCACUGGCAUGCCUUCCGAGAGGCGAAAGUGAUAGUAGCGACAAUGACUCAAAUACGGACACCUCAGGCAGCUCAAAAAAGACUGGGCUACACCAUCCCUAUAACGUGGACAGUCAUGAAGCCGACACGAAUCCUGGGGGUGGAGAUAAUCAAGCUAGACAGUCUCCGGGUGCCCCAUCCACAGUCAUCGAUAGUACGAUUCAUACAUCGACGCAGCACCUCUCUGGGGAAAAAAGCAUUGAGGCACGGCUCGGUCUACAAUACUACAGGAAGGGCCUCAUACCCCUGACGACAGUCAGGUCACAGACAACUAUAGCAAGGAGAGGCCCUAUGUCUGCUGGAGCAUCGACUAUACCUGUUCAUGAACGAUCACAGUAUUCCAGCUACUGGUCAAUUGCUGAACAACGCGAUUUUCCUAUGCUGUUGUCCCAUUUCGGACGGGACUUCGAAGGCAUAUCUAACUAUAUGAGGACUAAAACCCCAGUCAUGAUCCAGAAUUACUUCCAACGGAGGGUCGACUCUGGCAAUAAAGACUUCGAAGGAAUCGUCGCAGAGGCAGAAGCUAAGAAGGCACGCGGUGAGCCAACAGGCCCGCUUCCAGUUCCCAAUGCGGCACUUCAGCCGCAACCCAAUAUGAAGCAGAAUUCUCAGGGAUGA